GAUGUUUACACAAUGAAUCAACGAAUACACACAAACACAUGCAUACACACGACGACGACGACGACGGAUCAGCACCGACUUGAUGGUGAAUAACCUAAUGAAAGCACAUAAUACUUGGAUUUUGUUUUUGACACAACCAAAUAUAUCACAAACAAUUGUUUUGCGUUUUAAGGACGCUACAUUUUUAUUCCAUAAAUUAGUUGAUACAAAUUGAGUCGAUUGAAAAUUUGGUGGCGCAAUGUCGUUCAUAAAUCAACUUGAAAUGAAACAAUAUCUGGGCAAUGCCCUCGAUUGCGUUGAAUUCAAACUGAUUCGUAAUCGCAGUGAAAUCGACGAUAACACAGCAACUUCGUUCCAUCCGGAGUUUGCCCAUCAGAUUUUCGGUGAAAAUGAAUGCAUUUUUGGUUACAAAGACCUGAAAAUUCGUCUCUUUUAUACGGCUGGCCCAUUGAAUAUAUACAUGGGCUUGAAGUAUACGUCGCGCAUUGAAGAUAUUCAAAGUGAUGGUCUCAAGAGUGAUGAUGUGACUGGAGAUAUUUCAAAACUCUUGACCACCGGCUGCUAUUACACAAAUAUCGAUGAAUUCCUCAAAAAAUUGGAUAAAGAAGAAUCAUUCGUACCGUUUGGCGAGAAAAUCUUUAGCUGGGACAUUGAACAGGACAACAAUACACGUCGCACAUUCGAAAUCUACGAGUGUAGCGUUAAAACACCCGGUUUUCUAGCCUAUCAUGCACGGCUACAAACAUUUUUACUAUGGUUUGUCGAUGCCGCAUCGUACAUUGAUACCACUGAUGACCAGUGGAUGUUUUUCGUUGCUUAUGAAAAGUACACAUCGACGAGCAACGGUAACACUCAAUACGCCACCGUUGGAUACUCCACUGUUUAUACAUACUAUGCCUAUCCGCAGAACAUUCGGCCGCGUAUCAGUCAAAUGUUGGUUUUGCCACCGUUCCAAAGCAUGGGCAUCGGGGCACAAAUCAUUGAAACCAUUUACAACAAAUUCAAUCGCGAUGAUAAGGUGGUCGAUAUCACGGUUGAAGACCCGUCGGAUGAUUUUCGUCGCGUUCGCAACUUUGUUGAUGCCAAAUUGUGCUACGCUUUGCCAGAGUUUGCGCCGGAAAAACUAAAGGAAGGCUUCUCCAAAGAAAUGAUUGAGGCAGCAAAGCAAAAAUACAAAAUCAACCCAAAACAAUGCCGUAUUGUGUAUGAAAUUCUGCGAUUGAAAGCAACCAAUGUAAAUGAUCCAGAUGAAUACACGGCGUACCGUUUAUGCGUAAAGAAGCGAUUGAAUGUGCCGCAUCACAAGCAGAAAGAAGACUUGAAGAAAAUGGAAAAACGAGGUGUUGACGUGACCACCACAGCUGCAACCAUACCGUCAACUGAAGAACGCAUCUGUCAAUUGAAGGAGGAAUACGAGGCCCACGAAGAGGAGUAUUACAGAAUAAUCAAUCGUCUCAAGUUGCGGGCUCACUAAAUCAACACAAAAAACAUCGAUUUGAUUUAAAUUACUGUUUUAUUUUUUUGCUCACGUUUUUUUUUUGUUCACACAUUUUUCUUUGUUAUGAUUUUAAAUUGAAUUGUUGGCCCAGUGAUGUCAGCAUGGAAUGGGGAGUCAUUCAUCUAAUCGUUUGACUCGACAUGUUGUUUUUUAAAGAGAUUGUAUGAUGAAAGAUCGCUUAACAUUUAAGUUUUGAUACGCAUUUUGGCAGUUUGCCUGUAAAAUGCGACACUGAAACAGUAAAGAAAAAUAAAAUAAAGUUCAUCGAUUUGAAAAAAAUUUGAAAAAAAAAACUGUGUUG